AUGGGCCAGAAGGAGGCAAGAAUCAGUCAGAAGAACAUUCUGUGCCUCAAAUCACCCGUGAGAAGAUUUGUUUCUUGUGGUUGGGGAACAGAGGCAGCGACACCACCACAUCCUUAUCCUCUACAUGGUGGAUGUCAACUUUUAUUGACAGCUUUGGACAAUCUUCAUAGUGUCGUAUGGAAAAGUUUAAAAAAACAGCAUUUUCUUUAUAAAAUUUGUCUCAAUGAAGCGAAAGAAAGGAUUUAUGCAUAG